AUGGGGGGCCAGCCGUCCAAAGUCGCCGUGGACGAGAAGCGCGCCGUCGAGCGCUUCCGCGCCAUGACCAUCCGCGAGGGGGACGAGGGGGACUACGUCGAGAUUGGAGACGGCUCGCAGCACGAUGAAAAGGAUGGGGGGCAUAGAGCGCCGAAUAGGGAGCCCGAGGGCCUGCCGCUAGAUGCCGUGGCCGCGCUGCCGUCCAGCAUCCUCGCGGACCCCAAGAACAGACUCGCCCUCGCGGCCCUCAGCUCCGCCAACCCCAAGCAGGUCCUCACGCAGCUCCCCGCCCAAAUCGCCGACCAGCAAGUCUUCAACGUCAAGAUCCCCUUCGAGGGCGGGCCCAUCACCAACCAGCGCUCGAGUGGGCGGUGCUGGCUCUUCGCCUCGACCAACGUCUUCCGCGUCGCCCUCAUGCGGCGCUACCACCUCGACGCCUUCGAGCUGUCGCAGGCCUACCUCUUCUACUGGGACAAGCUCGAAAAGGCAAACUGGUUCCUCGAGCAGGUCAUCGAGACGGCCGCCGACGAGGACCUCGACGGCCGCCUCGUCCAGGCGCUGCUCGCGGACCCCGUCUCUGACGGCGGCCAGUGGGACAUGGUGUAUAACCUCGUCGACAAGUAUGGCCUCGUGCCCCAGACUCUGUACCCGGAUGGCUGGAAUGCCAAGAACUCUUCUGUUCUGAACGCGACCGUCGUCAACAAGCUGCGUGAGUACGCGCUGCGUCUGCGGGCCUUUGCGAGGCGCGAUCAACCCACGCCCCCGGCCCUGCUCAGUGCCAUCAAGAUCACCAUGAUGCGCGAGAUCCAAAAGAUCAUGACACUGUUGCUCGGCCCGCCCCCGAGCCCGACAAAGGCGUUUACGUGGCAGUACAACGAUAAGGACGGCAAGGCGCACGAGCUCACCAUCACGCCAAAGGACUUUGCCAAGAACAUCACCAGCAGCGACUUCCGGGUCACCUCGGCCGUCAUCGAGAGCAUGGUGUCCCUUGUCAACGACCCGCGGCACGACCCGCUGUCUCUUCUCACCGUGUCGCGCCUGGGCAACGUGGUCGGCGGCCGGGGCGUGAGCUACAUCAACGUGGACAUGGACACGCUCAAGGAGGCGUGCGUCAAGAUGCUCAAGGCCGGCCUGCCCAUCUUCUUCGGGUCAGACGUCGGCCAGUUCAGCAACAGCGCGUCGGGCAUCAUGGACCUCGACCUGAUCGAUUACGAGGUCGGCAUCGGGUCGUCCCUCCUCGGCAUGAGCAAGGCGGAGAGGCUGCUGACGGGCGAGAGCCAGAUGACUCACGCCAUGGUCCUGACGGCGGUACACGUUGACGAGCAGACGGGCAAGCCGAUACGGUGGAGGGUGCAGAACAGCUGGGGCACCGACGCGGGAGACAAGGGGUGGUUCGUCAUGAGCGAUGCCUGGAUGGACGAGUUUGUGUAUCAGGCCGUCGUCGACCCACGCUUCUGCAGCAAGGAGGUCAGGGACGUCCUGAAGAAGGAGCCCGUUGUGCUGCCACUGUGGGAUCCGAUGGGCUCUCUGGCCUAG